AGGGGCCAGUGAGGUCACAUUGCCUUCCACCGAUUUUCAUUAAGCAGUGUUUGAAAUUAAAUUUGCUCUUCCAUAACAAUUUGAAGCAGCAGUGUAGAAUGAUGAGGUCACCAUUGAUCCUGGCAAUGGGCCUGAUGCUGCUGAGAAGCUCAGAUGCUAAGAUGGAUAUUAUUCCCAAAACACAAGAUGUCCACCUGGGGGAUGAGGUACUGCGUAUGUGCAAAGCCAAUGGAGAGGGUGUAAUAACAUGGCAAAAGGAUGGAGAAGACGUAGACGAGGAGCUGGUGUUUAAGUUAGACGAAACGUCUUCUAAACUGAUCAUCACGAAAGCAACCAUGCAGGACACGGGCCGGUACACCUGCCUGUGUGAGUAUGAGAGCGGCCACAAGGAUGAAGUCCAGAUGCAACUGUUUGUAUAUGAGGGUCCAUCGUUCGGCAGCACCGCCGUCUACCAUGAGUUCCUGGAAGGAACCAAUGGUGUGGUGCCAUGUCUGGUCUCUGGUCAGCCCGCGGUGGAAGUCUCCUGGUAUAAGGAUAAAGAGGAAAUCCCUUUGAAUGAGAGGAAGCGUGUGCGCCGGAUGCCAGAUAACACACUCCUGAUAGAAAAAGUCAAGCGGGAAGAUGCUGGGACGUAUCUGUGCGUCGCCCAGAUCAAAGGAAGGCCCAUCAGUCAGCAACUGCCUAUCUCUGUUGUUGUCAAUGCUCCACCCACUGCACAUCUGCGAGAAGAGGUCAAGAAAGUGAUCGCUGGACCAGAAACCAAUGUUUCCCUGCGCUGCUUAGUGGACGGUCUCCCCAAACCCAACAUUACCUGGAACAUGCCGGUGCCUUUUGACUGGGCACAUCAUCAUUUCAACUCAGAUCGCAGUCAGCUGACCAUCAAGUCUGUGGUCCGAGCCGAUCUUGGGGAGUACGUCUGCACCGCCACCAACAAGAUCGGGGAGAACAGCGCUACCUUCAUGCUCCAUGUCUGGGAGACUCCUCAGGUGUCCUUGUCAACAUACCAGCUGACUGUUCCCCUGGGUCAGCAAGUGUCUGUGUCCUGCAACGCCUCUGGAUAUCCAGAGCCUACGCUUCACUGGCUCAGCAAGUCCAACGGACGCACGCUUGUCUCCACAUCUGGGCGAGUCCGGGUCAUUGACAGUGUUUUAGAGAUCGAUGAAGUGGCGCCCUCUGAUGGUGGGUUAUAUUCCUGCAUGGCUGUCAGCACGGCUGGAAAUGCAUCAAGAGACGUUGCGAUCCACACACAGCCUGGUGCACCGCUGUACCGCUCCAUCACAACUGAAUCAACAUCAGUCUUCAUCACCAUCAGGGAACAGCCCAACAACGGCGGGACUCCAGUCACAAGCUUUGUGCUUCAAUGGAGGCAGAGUGAGGCCGAGCCUUGGAUGGAGAUUAACGAGCCAGUGUCAAAGAGCUUCACCAUCGCCUCACUGAAGCCCUACGCUGCUUACGAUGUGAGGUUAGCUGGCAUGAAUGCAGCAGGACUCGGGGAAUUUUCUGACAUCAAAACGGUUCGCACCAAAGGCAUACGUGAACCGGAUGCUCCUGCUUUGUCCCUCGAUGCGAUGAAAGUCACAGGCAACUCUUUCGCCGUCCCUUUAAAGCCGAAUGACGCCGGUCAGAGUCCUCUUCUCCACUACAACAUGCGCUACACAAAAGAUAAAGAGGGAGCUGAGUGGAAAGAGAAUCAAUUACCAUCAAAUUUAGACGCUAUCGUUCUGAAAGACCUGACUUUUGGCUCGGAAUAUCAACUGGAGGUCACGGCCGUCAAUUCCAACGGUUCCUCUAUUCCGGCCACGCUUAACUUCACCAUCGCUCAGCAGCCCGCCAGCCAGAGCAUGACCAAGGGCAGCAUUGUGGGUGUUGUCCUGGUGAUCUUCUUGGUGGUGUUCCUGGUGGUUGACGCUACAUGCUGCUACACUAACCACUGUGGUCUCCUCAUGACCAUCGCUGUGAAAAUCUUCGGAAAAAAGGUUCCGGGCCUUAAAAUGCUGGAAGAAGGAGCUGCGACCACCAAUGGAGAAGUGAAGCUGAACGGGCUGACCACACCCAGAGGCUCCUUGCAGCACACUGCAGUUCAGACCAGCACCAAGGACCUGAAUGAGGUCACCUGUGAUAGAGCACCUCUCACCAAACAUGAGAAAACACAACCAGACAGGAACCAGACACCUGCAGAGGCGUGAGAAAAGCACACUAGUACAACUAGUGGUGCCUGACAACACGACACCAUGCUCUUAGAUGAUCUGGAGCAUAGCUGUAUGUACGUGGCUGGAGAAGCUUUAAGACUGCAGACGUGUGCACCAUCAUUUCCGACAACACUCUUUACUGCUUUUAUGCUGUCAUCCUUCAAAGGUGAAGAUACAUUUAUCCUGGUGCUUUUUCUUUUUCCGUCUGGCUGCACAUCCAGUUUGGAGAAAACUCAAAACAGGGUCAUUUUGAUGUGUUCCACAGGGUAAAAAUAUUUGUGUAUGUAAUUUAUUUUCCACUGUUUUCUUUAAAAAAAAACUCAACUCAUAUUUGUUUAAUGUCUUAGAUGCUUUGCUGAUUGAAAGGUGGCAGCUGUGCCGAUUUUAACUGUACAUAAAGAUUUUUCCUAAUACCUAAAAUAUGUAGAUUGACCUUAAAUACAUUUAAAAUAAUGAUACUUUACAAAGUGAAAUGAAAGCACCAUUUUAUUUUCACAUACACACCUUGUACCUGAAAUAAUAUUGAUGGUGUAUUGUACAUAGCAUUUUGCUUUUUGUCUCAAAUUUUCGAUUAUAUUCAGUCAAAUCAAUGCUUCACUAUUUGUAUUAUAUCAAAAUGAAAUCACCGUUGACAACAGAAACAUGUAACCCCAACUGAAGCGUUUUAACUUCCUUGUUUUGUGAAUAAAAUAAACCCUUUGUGUAAUAUAUUACAAUGUAUAAUAAAAUCUAACAGUCUAGUGUUUUGAUACUAGUUUUCAGACAAGAAAAAUGUGUUUUACCCCUUUACCCCUCAUUUUUAUUUCUUACAUAGUUGACUGUUCAUGAUGUUCAAUGACCUGUGAAACCCCGAAAUGUUUAAACAUCCAAAUCCUGAGUUUGGUGAGUUGGGAAAAAAGUUCAUACUGAAUUCAAGAUGCUGCAAGAUGCUUUCUGUACAUUUAAAUGCAAAAAUAAAAUUAC